UCCUGUGUGCUCCUAAACGCCGGAUAUCCCCUAUCGCGUUGAGGUAGUUUGACUAAUCCACUUGUUGUAACGAUAACCAAAGACAUUAGAACCAGGUUGUAACCGGGGAUGCAAACUUCUAGAUAAUAACCAUUAUCACGAUGUAUAAAGACAUGUGAAGCAGGUAUUCAAGAUUUCACAAAAUUGUUUCUAACAUGCCUGGUGUCAGAGAAGCUGCGGUCGUAGGUUUUACUCUCGCAGUAACCGGAGGAGUUGGGUAUGUCAUCUGGACUUUUGUGUCUUCGGGGGUAAAGGCAAAGAAGGCGAAGCCAAAGCAAGAACCAGAGAAAAUCGAAAAGGACACUAGAAAUGAAACUGCACAAAAAGUACCAGAACGCGCAAACCAAACACCAACAGUCGUAGUAACAGAGGUGAAGCCCACAGGAAAGCAAGUCCUGGUGCUCGGUCUUGAAGGGGCAGGGAAGACCAGCCUGCUGCACUGCUUUGCCUCGGGGAGUCUGGAGCAGGACGUGACCCCAACACAGGGCUUUAACGCUGUGUCCAUCAAUAGGGAGGACUUGCAGAUCGAGUUCCUAGAAAUUGGUGGUACAGAGAACCUGCAGCCCUAUUGGAAGAGGUACAUGUGCAAGGCUAUGGUGCUGGUGUUUGUGGUGGACUCCUCAGACGCCGCCCAGUUCCCUUUGGCUAAGAAGCAUCUCCACGAGCUGCUAGAAACCGACCUUUACCUUCCCUUAGUGGUACUAGCCAACAAGCAGGAUAACCAAGGGGCCUGCAGUAUCACAACGCUCCAUGAAGCCCUGUCCCUGGAGGAAGUGGGGGACCAGCGCAAGCUCUUCCUCAUUGGCACCCAUGUCAGGAAGGGGGACACGGAGGUGAACUCUGCUGUGCAGGACGCACGGGACCUGAUCAUUCAAAUGGUGCAGGAUGGUAGAUAGACUCGCCAUCGAGUCAUCAGAUACAGAUGUAGGAUCUUAAUUUGAUCACUACUAUGUUGCUGAGAAUUUUCCUGCAGAGCAGGAAAUGCAAACUUGUAGUGCAUUUGUGUUUUAAAAAGGCUUAUAAAGUUGGUAAUUUCCACUUGAAAUGUUUGACUUGAUUUGCCCUAAUGAAAAAGAUAUCAACUUCUAUAAAAAUGUAUAAUUAUAAUCCACAUAAUUAUUCACAUUUCCUGUUGCUGCAGGAUUAUUUUCCUGCUGUAGCAAACUGGCUAAAAUUAAGAUUCUACAUCUGUAUGAAUGACCCGCUGGCUGAGAGGGGAUAUCUUACUUUAAUUUCACCCCUGUUCUGGCUUGCCGUCAUUUGUUUUGAUAGCACUAGUUACAAGCUCUAUUGACAGACACCAUGAUAGUGAAAGGCCUCAUUCACAUUUGUAGAAUGAUGAUGAUUCCAGAGAAGCCAAAAGCUGGCAACGUGCUUAUGGUCAAACUCAUUCACUGGCAAUAACAUUAAUUAAUUAAUUGCAUUAGCACAAAUGAACAAAAGCACAGAGUUGAUAAUAUACUUGUUUUUCACAUUCAGACACAAUAUUUCAAGGAUGGUCUCAACAUCCUUACCUAUAGGGAUUUAAUUGAUAAUGCUUUGUGGUCAUCAAAGAUUCUUCUUUUAGUGCUAUCUACAACUGUAGAGCACAAUAUAGGUUACAUGUUUAGAGUCAGUGCUGCUAGGUAGUAUGUUGAAGACUCGUUCGAGGUACAUAGAAUUAUUUUUGUUAUUUUGCAUAAUAAAAGUUAAGUAUUGACUAUAUCGUCUUAAAGGGGAACUUGCUACAUAGUUAUAUUUUCUUAAAACCAAUUUGAUGGUUGUCUAACCAAAGCAAUCUAUCCAAAUAUUUAUUUAGAAGCAUUUUAAAAAUGCCAAAAUACAAUUUUUCAUGUGUCUAGGCAUGUUUAUUUGGCUAACAAUGUUUUGCCUUGGACUUAAUUGAAGCUUUUACAGGAAUAACUCUACAUAUCAGCACAAAAAGUGCUUCUUGUUUUCAUGUUUAACACUAGUAAAACUACUGGUAUAAUCUUGAGUAAUAAGCAGGUUUGAAGUGCACUACUGAACAAUUCAUUUGUAUGCCAUGACUAUAACAGACCUCCAAACCAUUUCUGUCAUUUAAGCAUAAAAAACAUUUUUUUUUAAACUAUUUUUCUGUUUUGUCACACCCGGUGAUGUAAAUAAAAACCCUUGUUGUAAA